CUCCCCUCUGAUAUUCCCGUUUCACGUCAAAGGUUGUAUGGCAUAACGACUCUCCAGGGGCGCAUGAUAUAGAAUGCUCAGGCUCGCGGUGGGCUUACUGGUCAUACAGACUUAUAUGUAUUACAUGCACUACUCUGAGGAUUCCUCGGCUAUAAAGGUCAUCGUAGCUGCCACAUGGAUUCUUGACACAUUACAUGUCUCAUUCAUGUGUCAUAUGCUGUAUUACUACCUGAUAACCAAUUACGGCAAUCUCAUGAGUUUGGAGUAUAUUGUUUGGUUCGUACACCCUCCAUUUCAAACCAGUUUCCCGCUGAGGAGAUACGGCAGGUCAUUCCCAGCAUCGCUUCUGGUGAAUUUACUCGUGGUUAUUGUAGUUCAAAGUUUCUUCGCACAUAGAAUAUAUUACCUUUGCCGCCCUCAGAUGAAAUGGUUCGUGACUGCCCCAAUUAUACUAUUGAUACUGGUUCACUUGGGUGAGUUUUUCUUGUAAUGGCGACGCGAGAUUUCCAACGAUAUUUCAACAGGGUUUGGUACUGGUUCGCGCUUUUUGUUCCACCACGACAGACCUGUGCUAAUAAAAAAAAAGAGACGGUUGUUCUACUGUACUUAAACGAAUCCUACUAUCUUCACGGAAAUAAUGACAUCUGCAAAUAGGUUCGUCGAUAAUGCAUCCAGCUCUCUUCCACAAAUUACGUUUUAUGCCUCAAUUCCCUUUGGGGUCACCUUCCUACUAGUUGAGC